AUGGCUGGCACACGGAACUACGACUUUCUCAUCAAGCUGUUGCUGAUCGGCGACUCGGGCGUGGGCAAGUCGUGCUGCUUGCUGCGCUUCAGCGAAGACAGCUUCACGCCCUCGUUCAUCACCACCAUCGGCAUCGACUUCAAGAUCCGCACCAUCGAGCUCGACGGCAAGCGCGUCAAGCUGCAGAUCUGGGACACGGCCGGCCAGGAGCGCUUCCGCACCAUCACCACGGCCUACUACCGCGGCGCCAUGGGCAUACUGCUCGUCUACGACGUCACCGAUGAGCGCAGCUUCGACAACAUACGGACGUGGUUCAGCAACGUCGAGCAACACGCGACCGAGGGCGUGAACAAGAUCCUGAUUGGCAACAAGUGCGACUGGGAGGAGAAGCGGGCGGUUUCGACGGAGCAGGGCCAGGCGCUGGCCGACGAGCUGGGCAUCCCCUUCCUCGAGGUGUCGGCCAAGAGCAACAUCAACGUCGACAAGGCCUUCUACAGCCUCGCCGCCGACAUCAAGAAGCGCAUCAUCGACACGGCCCGGACGGAGCCUGCGACCAACGCGCAGAACGUCUCCAUUGGUGACCAGGGCGCCGCCGGCGGUGUGGGCGGAAAGUGCUGUUAA